AUGGCCACGCCGAAUUAUAAGGAGCUGAAGCUGCAGUCACCGGCCGGUGCCGAGCCGUUCCUGUACAACUGGCCGUUCUCGAUCGGUACCGGGCACGAUUCCGGGAUCGAGCUGAUCGAGAACGUGCGCUGGGUGUGCGAGGACAUGCCGGAGAUCAAGUCGGCGAUCGAGGAGAUCGAUCUCAACAAGCUCGACACGGGCGAUUACGACGCGAUGAAGAAUCUGUGCGAUCGCUUCAAUCGCGCGAUCGACAGCGUGGCCGCACUGGAAAAGGGAACGUCACUGUCGAACCAGAGGUUUACGUACCCUUCGCGGGGCCUCCUGAAGCACAUCAUCCAACAGGUGUACAACCAGGCGGUGGUGGAACCGGAGAAGCUUAACCAGUACGAGCCGUUCUCGCCCGAAGUGUACGGCGAAACGUCGUUCGAUCUGAUCUGCCAGAUGAUCGAUCAGGUGAAGAUCAGCGCGGACGAUGUGUUCGUCGACCUCGGGUCCGGCGUGGGGCAGGUGGUGCUCCAGAUGGCCGCUUCGACGCCGGUUAAGGUGUGCUUCGGGAUCGAGAAGGCGGACGUGCCGUCCAAGUACGCCGAGGGCAUGAACACGACGUUCAAGCUGUGGAUGCGCUGGUUCGGCAAGAAGUACGGCGAUUACGAGCUGAUCAAGGGUGACUUUCUGGCGGACGAGUACCGAGAGAAGAUAACGGCGGCCACGAUCGUGUUUGUGAACAACUUUGCGUUCGGCCCGAACGUGGACCACCAGCUGAAGGAACGGUUCGCCGACCUGAAGGAUGGGGCACGGAUCGUGUCGUCGAAGAGCUUCUGUCCCCUCAACUUUCGCAUCACCGACCGCAAUCUGAGCGACAUCGGAACGAUCAUGCACGUGAGCGAGAUGAGCCCGUUGCGGGGCUCGGUGUCGUGGACCGGAAAACCGGUGUCGUACUACUUGCACAUUAUCGAUCGCACCAAACUAGAGCGGUACUUCCAGCGGCUCAAAACGAAGGGCACCGACGACGGCACGGGCAGCGGCGUGACCGGCAGUGGUGGCAGUGGCUCUCAGUCGACGCGCGCUUCGCGAUCACGCAAAGAGAAUGCCAGCAGCCAGCAGAAGGCACUGAUCGCGAUGAAUGAUGACAGCACGUCGGACAGCGAUGCAGAUGGCGGCAACGGUAUGGUGGUGUCGUCGGCGACCGGCGGACGGAAGCUUUGGGCGGACUGGAACAGUAGCAAGGACGGCAAGACGAGCCCGUCGGAGGAGGAGAACAACAACAAUAGCAACAAUUCGCCCGUUCUGCGCAACGGCCGGAUACCGGUGGGGACGAAAAAGCGGCGUAAGAUAACGCGCACCAAGGCGACGGUGAAAAAGUCGGAAUUGGGCGCCGCUGCUGCCUCGAUGCUGGCUCCGAGUGCCGCCGCGGCAAUGGCGCUAUCGAUGGGCGCCGUGGCAGGGCCGCCGGGACCCGGUGGUAAGAAGCGUGGUCGGGUCAAGAAGGGUCGCCAGCGGCGACCACUUAACAUUGCCGGGCUGGAUCUGUUGCACAACGAAACCCUGCUGAGCACGUCGGAGCAGAUGAUCGGCAAGCGGCUUCCGCCGGCACCGGGCUGCGUGGAUCAGUUGCUUACUUCGCUGGCCGGCGACAUGCAGCACAGCGAGCUGGACAUUCCCGAUGCCCCGUCCGAGACACCGUACGCGCUACAGAUACUGCUGGACCUGUACAAAUCACAGUUUAUGCGGGCUAUCGAUGCGAUGCGCAAGCCGUCCUAUAGAGACAACGUGCAGCAGCAGAUCGAGCGCGAAAGGGAGCGCAAUCAGUGGCUGCUGAACCGGGCAGGUCAGCUGGAGAAGCAGAUCAAGGUGCUGAUCGAUGACAGUGUGGCCCUGCUGAAGGCGCGCAUGAACGAACUGGGCAUCAGCACGACGAGCCAGAACGAUCUGCUGUGCAAAGCGAAGGAGAUCGUCGGGCGGCACAAGGAGCUGCAGGUGAUGGCGGCCAAGCUGCAGAACCAGGUGAACGUGAUGGAACAGGAACAGAAGCGGCUGGUUGUGCAACACGUGUCCAAGCUGACAGAGCAACAGCAGCAACAGUACAACACCAUCAUCAAGGCCGAGGACGUGGAGCUGACACCGUCGAGUUCGAGCGAGUUGGUGCUGAAAGCGAUCGCUAACACGUUGGCGCAGCGCAAGAAGCUUAACGCGCAGGUUUCCAACCUCGAGAACGAACUGAAUCUGAUCGAGAAAUUGACCGACGAACGAAAGGUUACGAUGGCCGUCGGAGGUGCAGCGGCGCAGCUGCCAGCCUCUAACACGGCGACCAUCAUAACCGUGGCCCGCGCCACGGAUGUUCGUGAUCGAGGGGUGGUUGAUGCUCAUUUGCUCAGCUCGGCGGCCCAUCAGCAACGCGAUCAACCAGUGAUCGAUGGGAUGAAGGCAGGCGAUGCAUACGCGUCCCGCGGCCCCACGGGAACUCUGGGUCUGCACCAUCAUCCUCAUCAGCUUCAGUCCGUUGUUCCGCAGCAAAGCCAGGUGGUACCAUCGAUCGCCGCUGGCCACGGCACGACCGGCCUCCCAGUGAAACAGGCAGGUUCCGGUGGUUCCAGCUCGUCGAACCGUGGCUCGCAGCGAAAAUCACGCGAACACCGGACACGCUCGCAAGAGUGGCCCGAAAUUCCGGACAUCGGCAAGAUCGAGGAGAACAAUCCGGAAAUUUUGGCCCAAAAGAUUCUCGAGACGGGCCGGCAGAUCGAGGCGGGCAAACUGUUGGCGGCAGGCAAGCACAGCUCGGCCAAGGAUCAUCGUGGUGCCGGCGGGGACGUUGGCAAGCAGCAUGCGUCGUCGGCAGCGGCGGCGGUGGUUACUCUGGGUCCUCAGCCGCCCGUAGCCCCCCAGCAGCAGCAGCAGCAGCAGCAGUUCCAUCAUCAGCCAGAUGCAGCCCUUAUGCCAGCGCCCGUUUCGACCAUAAAUAAAGCCCACCACCAUCCUCGCGUGGUCAGUAGUGGGUCUUCUGGGGGCCCGUUGCCUCUUCAAACCGGUGGAGGAUUGCAACUUCCGAAAUGCUACGUACCUGGGCCGGAUCCGCACGGACAACGGGCAGCGGCAUCGACGGCGACAUCGACGGCGGAGGCAGUGGCAGGAGGUGGCCGCGGAAGUGGCAAGAUGCACGAUUCGCACAAGGUGGUCAACUUUGAGGAUCGCCUGAAGAGCAUCAUCACAUCCGUGUUGCAAGGAUCGCCGAAAACUAGCGCAACGACCACGCCCGGGUCGUCGAGUGGUAGUGGUGCUGCCAGUGUCCCGGCCCCAUCGACCGGUUCUGCGCCGCCACCAACACCACUGCACCGUCAAGCGAUGCUGGUCGAACCGCACUCCGCUGGGUCACCGUUGAAAUCUGGAUAUGGUACCGCUCCCGGUGGUGUUGGUAAGACGACAGUUUAUCUGCAAUCGUCACCCGGUGUCGUUGCCGGUUCGCAUCAUUCGCAUGCGGCCAUGGUCGUUGCUCAAGACAUGUCGGCACGAUCGGCCGGAGUUCCCAGUCCAACGGCACACCAUCCUCAGCAACAUCUUAUCCACCAUCAGCAGCAGCAGCAGCAACAGCAGCAGCAGCAACAUCAUCACCCCCAUGCAUUACACCAUCAACAGCAGCACGGCGGAAUGCUGAAUGUCAUCACGAGUGGCCAGCAUCAUCAUAGCCUCAACCCUAGCCCCGUUACGACCUCGUCGCCCGUGCCAACGGCAUCGUCCCCGUACAAGAUGCACCCCACCAAUGCCUCGACGAAGAUCUCACCGAGCAAAUACCAACACUAUCCGAAGGGAGGGACGACGGUCCCACAGCAGCAGCAGCAGCAGCAUCCCAGCAUCCCGAGUCAUCACUCGCCGGGUGGGGCCGUCAGCACCCAUCAGCAAAUCUUGCAGCAGCAACAGGAACGAGAACGCAUCGAUCGAGAGCGAUCGGUCGCUCUGCUAUACGCAACCCACGGUGGAGCAGCGCACGGUGCAGACCACCAGAUGCAUCACCAUCAUCACCGUGGCCCACCAAUGGCCGGCGAGGGUAAGAUGGAGUUUAAGGCACCUGAAAACUUCCGCUUCGAUCCACGAGCCACCGGCAACAACUCGGCACCGAUCGAUGCAACGACGACGGUGGCGUCCUCGGGAGGCGGGCUUCAAAGUCACUCGCGAAGUUCGUCGACCAACUCGCUGGACAGUCUUCCGAUGGACUACGGGCCACCGGCCAGUGGGUCCGGUGUUCGUUAUCACCAUCUCGGCGGUGGUGGCGGUGGCGGUCAACAGCAACCAAUACCACUCGUAACCCACUCCCCCGGUCACGGUUCGUCGUCGUCUUCGUCGUCUUCCUCGCAGCAGCAUAUGUUGCAGCAGCAGCAGUCGCAGCACCCGCAACACGCCGGCGGCCACGGAGGAAACAACUCUCGGCCUGGUUCGACUUCUUCACAGCCUGACUACACGCAGGUUUCGCCAGCCAAGAUGGCUCUCCGAAGGCAUCUGUCACAGGAGAAACUUACACACCCGUCGGCGGCGAGUGGACCGUCGGCAGGUCAUGGGGGCGCCGGAGGCAUGGGCACGGUGAAGACGAUCGGUGAUCUGGUGAAUGGGGAAAUCGAACGAACACUGGAGAUCUCCAACCAGUCGAUCAUCAAUGCAGCCAUCAACAUGUCCGCCCACCCUCCAGCGACGGGCGGUGGUGCGGCCAGUGCGGCUCACAACACGGUCAUCAACACGAACGUGCAGCGUCCGGAGCGGGUCAGCAUUCGCUUGCUGGAGGAUGGGGCCGGUCAGUCGGUGGUCGGACCACCGAGUGCCUACAGUCCCAUUUCGCGACCGGGCAGUGUCGGGGAGCAGAGCAAAUCACCGAUCCAGCAUCUGCACGGUGGCCAGGUGGUUGCCCCACCGCAAGGCUACAGUCCGAAAGUGAUUGGUGCGAAAGGGGGAACCGUUCCGGGUGCAACCGUAUCACCCCGAUCGAUGGCCACCACCGCACAGCAACAACAACAACAAUACUCACCAGUUCCUCCGUCCGGUGGGAGUGCUGGCCCCGGUUAUCAACAACAAUCCGGACGGCAUGAAUCGCUACCGUACAUGGCACUGCCCCGUGCUGACAUGAAACCCUACCUGGAGUCGUACUUUAGCGAUGAGCAGAAACGGCAACAGCAGCUCCACCACCAGCAGCAGCAGCAGCAGCACCAUCUGCAGCACCCGAUUCAGUCGCCCUCGCCAUCAUCGUUAUCGUCUUCCCACAGUGCCCAUCACCAGCAGCAGCACGGCAUGAUGCACCGCGGCGGUCCAGGGCACCCAGGGGUGGUGGAUCUGCACCAUCGAAGCUCGGGUGGCGCAGUAGUGAUCGAGCCGGCGUCCGGCAUGAUGGCACGAUCGCGUGACAUGCUGCUCAUGGAGGAGGGCCGCAUGGUGGAUCGCCUCAAUGGGGGUCCCCCUCUGGAAGGACUGGCUGCGUCGUUGCAAGCGCGCGUCAUUGCCACGCUAAAGAUCAAGGAAGAGGACGAAGAGCGCAACCGGCGCGAUUUGGUGGGAACCGCCAUCAACCAUCACCAUCAUGGUAACUCCGUGAACCUUAGCAGCAACAGUAGCAACAGUAGCAAUAUCCACGGUGGAAGUGGUGGCCUUCAGAUAGUACAAACCGCACACAUUAAGUCUGAAAAAUACGCCUCAUCAUCAUCAUCUUGCUCCUCAUCAUCAACCUCUUCGCAAUCGUCCUCGUCAUCGCUAGCCCUAAAGCGAACGUCGCCGAUUAUCGAACAUCCGGCCGGCACUCGGCCACCGAAAAUGCUCUACACGAGCUCUGCGUCAUCGGCAUCGUCGGUACCAGUGGCCACUAGCGAAGCGAUGCUCAUCCACACCACCGGUGUGGGGCCAUCACCGGUUAGUGGUGGUCGCAACAGCGGGCUACUGGUUGCUCCGCCGAUGGUGAUGAGUCCGGAAAUCAAUUCCCUUUCGGUCGACGACGACGGUCGGCGCCAUCUGCACCACUCGCGGAAUGACGUUGACGAUGAUGUGGUCGGUGACGACGAGUCGAGCUGGCACGAUCGGGUCAGCUCCGGGUUCGAUCGCCUGGUGGCUUUCGCUUCGACGGAGCUCGAUAAAACGCGUCGAUCCAACGAGGAUGCCCCCCCAUCGUCCACGAGCUGCACGACCUCCCCGGACAGUGGCAUCAACCAGAGCGAUCACAGCCGCACGUUCCUGUCGUCGUCCUCGUCGUCUUCGCAGCUCGAUGUGCCACCGAGCAGUGCGAGCGCAGGCAGUACGGCCAGCAGCACGGGCAGCGGGAUGAUGAAGCACAUGAUUCCGAUCAUCAAAUCUUCGCCAGCGGAACCGGUCGACAGUCCGCCACUGUCGGAUGUGGGAUUACCAAGAACACCGAGCCCUUCGUCGAGCCCGCCGCUUCUGUUCAGCCAAGCGGCAGCUGCGGUCGGUGGCGUUGGUCAAACGACGAUCGUGCAACCCGCGCUACUGCAUCCCGGAAGCGGUGGUGCCAGUGGCUUAAAUCCGGCCGCCACCAGCAAUAGCAACAGUUUGGGCAUUCCGCUCAAGUACCAGCGUCAGUCAAAGUCCUCCUCGUCGUCGUCCGCCAAGCACUACAAGAAAAAGUUUCGCGAGCGCAACUGGGAAGAGUACGAGGAAAGUCUGAGCGGUGGCCGGAACAGUGCCAUCAGUGGCGGUGAUGCGAUGGAUCAGACGGACUUUACCGAUUCUGGGCCCACCGGCGCCGGUACCGCAACACCAGCAACUUCCUCCACCGUAGGGGGCGCUGGCGAUACCACCUCCCAUCUUCACCACAAGCACAAAUCGGCCAAAUUUCGCCCGAAAGGCAAAGACUGGAACUGGGACGAUGAGCAUUCGAACGCAUCGUCCAGCUCGGCUAGGGCGGCUGCCCGAUCAGCCGGCAGCAGCACCACCGCAACGACCUGA